GCAAGAGACAUGUCAACAUGUCAUUGACCCUGUCGGGAUUCCACAGCAACAAAAUUGGAAUGAUGGGUCUACCAUAACAAACGAUGGAAAGAUGGCGACGAUCAUCAGCAAAGGCGACGUUAUCCCCCGAGUGCUGUCAGAUCAAGCAGAGAUGGCAUCCGCAGCUUACACAAACUACAAUCUGUACAGCGCAACUCAAUAUCCUUGGUGGUGUCUGAAUUACUUCAUAGGCUUCUGGCUUCUCUCCACUUUGGCAAGCAAGUUUUUGGAAAACUGUCCUGUCCAUACGCUCCGCGACUCAUACAGGAGCCUUGACUCUGACAAACAGAACAAUGUAGUUGUGUAUAUCAUGCAGUUCUUUGGCACUAGUGCUGCCUUGAUGGCUCAGCUUUUUGCCUCAGUGGAUAUCAUCUUCCGAUGGCAAGAAACCACCACUGAGGCGCGUUUGAACGGCUUAAUUUUUUCAAUCCUCCUCAUUGUUGUGCUGUAUAUCUGGGAGCUUAUCUACCGCAAGAAGGCUCCACUGUCACUACUGCUGGAUCAUUUCAUCAUAAUCCUGGUGGCCCAGCUCGCUACAUCUUCCUUCUUUGACACGCAUGACAUUGUCUACCUACGCUUCACUGUCUUCCUUGGUUUACAUGCCACUGUGGAUCAGGCUUCUUUCAUUGCCUUAUUACUCUUCCGUCUCAACUUGUGCCAAAAUUGGCAGACCUUUUGGUUUCAUUUCUCUGCGGCACAGUCGCUGCUCGUCAAGACACUGGUCACAAUGUUCAGCCUUGCGUACUACUUGAUACUUGUUCAAGACGGAAGUCUGUCGACGAGUUCGUGGGGGUGGUUUUGGAAAGUCUCCAUGGUGAUGCUUCUCGGACUUUUGUACGCUGUACACGUAUACGCUUGUUGGGUCCUCUACAAGCUUGGUGUGCGCUGCCAGGUUUCCUCCUCGUCACCAUUGCAACUUGAAUCCCAGCCUACUAUUCCGACUAUUGUCAAGUCCAGCAGCAAAAAGACUGUGGCGUCUUCCGAGCAAGGAACUAUCGCCACCAGUGAUGAUAUUUGAUGCAUAGAAUAAGAUACUCCAGUGUACCGUGCGGUAGCUACUUGCACAUGUACCGGUACCGUACGGGCAGGAGCUGCUGGUUGGAGAGUUUCUUGUUCGUUAAUCUUCUGAAAACUCUUCAAAAAACACGCACCUCCACGACUACAGCUGCACGGAACGUCCUCUGGAACGAGCAGAGAUGCUGCGAUCUCAUGGCCAGCAGAUUCCGGCGGCGCGGUGAGGACAGCAGCUGCAUCGCAGCCCAUCAACCUGGGUUCAUUCUAGCUAGCUAGUUAGACCUCGUGCCCUUGCACCAACCAAUGAUGGUCAGCAACAACUUGCACAACUGGAACGAUGGUGCCGUACAUGAAUGUUCCUUAGACCUGAGCUGCUGACUUCUAUAAAUUCGAUGGCGAGGCUGCCCUUGUGAUUGGAUUGAUUCCCAAGGAAGCUACUACUACCAAGCUUUUGCUAGCUGGUGGCUCAGCUCGUGUACGUCCUCUCAGAUCCUAUGUAAUACAAGACUUGUAGGAAACUGCUCCAGUUGAAUCCUCUGCUCCUGCACAUCCUUAACUAUGUAUUUUCACACCCAACGUUCGCAAUGGCGGAAACAGAGGCAGAGCCAAGGACACAGUUAUCAUAGACCACCCCCCAGUCAAGAAUUCAAUCGUUCCUACCAUAUUUGCCUCUCUGCACAAAGCAGGCAAGAAAGACUGGCUACUCAUCCAUCCACGGGUAUCCCAUGUGCCUUGCAGGCGUACUCGUAGAGUGAUUCAUGCCAUACCUCAAAGGCCCACAGGUACUCCAACUCAUCGUCCCAUCCUGCC